CUGUCUGAAAACAUAUUGACAAAUACAUUUUCAAUAAGAAUUUCUAAGCUCGCUACAAAGAUUUUUGGGCUUUGUCUAGCAAAAAUUGAAGACUUCAAUUUUCAGUGCUUUAAAAAGAGAAGAUGCCGUGCUGUGCUGCAAUUAAUUGUAGCAACAAAUCAAAAAAAGGCUUUCGGCUGUUUACUUUCCCGGCAAAUAGUAAACGGAUCCAAUAUAUGGAUCCAAAAUAUGCGAAGAAACAAUUGGAAACCAAGUUCUUUUUCUCGCUUAUAUGAAGUACACUUUGAAAAUUCUCAAUUUGAAAGUAAACGUGCAGAUGGUUGGAAAAAAUUGAAGCCCAAUACUGUUCCUACAUUAUUUAAUGUACCAAAUCCACCUCCAAGGAUUGAAUCACUUCCACAGAGGUCAACAUAUAAAAAAAAUAAUAGUGAUUCUACUCCAAAGGAUGUGCAACUAAUCAAGAUGAUACCUUUUCAACCCCAAACUAUGGUUGAACAAGCAUCAAUUCCUACAAUAUCAAAUAAUGUGGAUAURAUAGAAAGUGAUCCAAAGAGUAUAUUUAAGAAGAAAGAUACAAAUAUAUUAUUAGAAGAGCAAAUUGAUAAACUUCAGAAAGAAAAUGAAGAUUUGCGUAAUCAGUUACAACAAGCAAAAGCAGCAUGUUAUGCUGCUGGACAGCAAGAAAAAGAAGAACUUCGUUUUAAAAGAGAGACUUUGGCUGCAUUCUUAAAUAAUGAUCAGAUUAAAUUAUUACAAAAAGGUCGCUUAAAUCAAUGGUCAAAUGAAAGUAUUAUUAAAGGUCUUAAAUUUAAAUUUGCUCUUUCAGUUCAUGGUUUUAAUUUUUUGAGGAAUAAAAAUUUGAAAAUGUUUUACAGUUAUUACAUUUCAAAGUUGAAACUAUGGAUACAAUUGAUAAAUUUUGUGUACUAUCUUAUGAUAAGAUGUCCAUUAACGAACAGCUUGAUUAUAACAAAAUUAUAGGGGAAUUUUCUGGUCAUACUACA